AUGUUCGGUAGUAUCUGGAAGAUGCCUGGAUUGCCAGAAACCGUGACGGAGCUGGUGCUAGGAGCCAUCUACGCCAUCUUCGGACUGGCUUUGCUGUCGAUGUGCCUGAACCUGGUGCAAGAGGAUCUGACCAACAAGUUCACGUGGAUCGGCCACAAGAUCGGCCUACACCAGACGUCCAAGUCGAACAGGAGCGAGACGAAAGGACAGGGAAGUCCGACUGGCGACAUGGCUCUGCCAGGCGACGCGUCUGGAGUUGGCGACCAAGCUGUGGUACCGCUUCCUGUGGUUGAAACGCAGCCGGGGUUGUUUGGUGCCGAGGCGGUUAAAAAGACGACCAGUCGAGACACACCCGAAGAUGUGGACUCUCGAGCCACUUCUCGAUCCUCUUUGAGUGAUCUCAAGGAGUGCCAUGUCGACGUGGGUGAGUUCAACGACGAAGAGGUGGACGAGGAGAGUGAAGAAGAGACAGAGACAACAUUUGGACUGGCCGACUGGAGAAAAGAGGAAGACUCCGAAGGUGAUCGAAUGACGCCAUACAGCCGAGAUAUUGACACCCCGCCAGCGUGUGUGUAUCUGGAGGACGAAGAGACUAAAACAAGCCGUCGAAAAUCGGAAAAGAUGGUCUAG